AUGGAGACGAUUUCGAGAGAGCUGGGUGGGAUGAUUGUUGGAAAUCGCGGUCCACAGCGUGACUAUAACCACGCCGACGACUCGCAGUACAAACGACUUCGAGCAGACGCAGACCGCGAAUCCUCCAAAUACCGCGAGCUAUCAGGGCAAGCGAAACGUGCCUUUGAGUCCGGACGCAAGGAGGAAGCAAGCGAGUUGAGGAAGCAGGCCGCCGUCCACCAGCGUAAAGCAGACGAACUCAAUGGUGAAGCGGCCCAGUUCGUAUUCAGAGCCAAUAAUGCAGACUCUGGACCGGACGAAAUCGACCUGCAUGGCCUGUUUGUACGCGAGGCGUUGUCCGCAUUGGACUACCGCAUUUCUGCAGCCAUCCGCCAAAACGAAAACCAUCUUAAAGUAAUUGUCGGAAAAGGCUUGCACUCUGAAAAUCAUAUCGCCAAGCUCAAACCAGCAGUGGAACAAUUUUGCCAGCAGCGGAAUCUCCGGUGGGAGCUGCAGCAUGGCAACGCUGGAGUUCUGGUCAUUAGACUACCUGGCGGCCCCCAGUCCUUUCCUGCUCCUGGGCAACCCGCGGGUAACGUUGGCUAUUCGCAGGCCGGCUAUGGUAAUGGCCAGCACUAUCAACAACAACAGCAGGGCUAUGGCGACCACCAGAACAAUCACCACUCUUCGGGUGGUGGGUUCUCCGCGAAUGAUAUCAAGAAAUAUAUCAACAUUUUCCGGCAGCUUCAGCGCCUUUUCCGCGGCUGCUUCUAG